GGAGCAUGCGCCGUAGAGGCAGCGCUGAAAUUCAAAUUUGAACCGAAGCUGUUUCGUCGAGGAAGAGCAGUCAAGCUGAGAAAAUCGCUGAACACUUCUCGUUUUGCUUUGUUAGGUUAUUUCUUUACACACAAGUCGAGUAUAGAACUGGUAACACUCCGUUUUGUAAGUACUCCUAAAGUGGAUGCAAACUGUCCGAAAUGGACCCAUUUACUGAGAAACUUUUGGAGCGGACUCGGGCCCGCAGGGAAAAUCUGCAGAGGAAGCUAGCAGAGCGUCCCAACGCAGCUAACAGACAGAUGGUCAAAAGGCCCAGGGAGCCUCUAACUGAAUCAAAUAACACCAUCACUGAUUCUAAUGUUGAUAAAGUUCCACAGAUAUCCUCCAAGCCCUCCCCUUCCAAGCGCAGGUGCUCAGAGGAAAACCAGUUGGCACGGGAUGAGGAGAACCAGGUUCCAGUGAUGACCCAAGCUGGGGGCCCCGUACCACCAGACCCUCUAACGGACAAGAAACCCCCAGUGGGCCCAGCCAGCAUUCGCUCGUCCUCCUCUCUUGAGCAGAGUUCAACUCGACCUGUUCAGAGUCGGCUUAAGGAGCUGAAAGCUGAACGGCCAGAGAACGUAGCUGUCACUCCAGGUCCUGUCCCUCCAAGCACCAGAGAAGCACCAACAGAGCCCCCUGGUUUUGCCCAGCACAGGAACAAGCCAGACCAGGUGGAUGACUCGACUCCCUCUGCUGCUGGCAUGAAGUCACGCCUGCAAAGGCUGGCGCAGCAGAGGAAGUGCUGGGAUGGGGAUGAUGACUCUUCUGACACAGUGCCAGACAGCACCCCUCCAACCUUGUCAAAGAGACCAGUGGAAGUCCAGCCGCCUGCCAGUCUUCCCCCUUCAGAAGCUCCUGCUGGGCGGAGAGGCCGGUUGGCCAACCUGGCUGCCACCAUCGGGUCCUGGGAGGAUGACCUCAGCCACGCUCACAUUCCCAAAGGGAAUCCUGGAUCUGGUUCUGUUCCCAGACCUGCGGUCAGAGUAGCUGCUGCUGCUGCUGGCUCCAAGCAAACUGCAGCCUUGAGCAGUUCAGCUACAGCAGCCAGCAAGUCUGCCUGCAGCAGCAACCAGGAUACUUCACAAUCUCCUGUGAAGUCCAGUCAAAUGAUUCUUUCUAGCCCUCAAAAGGCUGAAAUCUCUGCAUCUAAAACAGCCAUUCAGACUGUGCAGAGUCCCUUGAAGAACCCCAAGCAGGAAGCAGCGCUCCCACCCAGUCCACAUAUGGCAACAUCCUCUGAAGCAACAUCAGCCCCCAAGAGUCCACUAAAGACCCAGCUGUUCCCCAAGACCCCUGGCUACACCGCCAGCCCCCUAAGGCCAGCUCUCCAGGAUAGAGCCACCAUGUCUACUUCACUUGGCCACCAGGAACCCAUCUCUGUUGGAGGUCCAGGUGUGAAAUCUUUCCUGGAGCGCUUUGGAGAGCGAUGUCAGCAGCACAAAGAGCAGGGCGCUCCGCCCAGAGCUCCCACUCCAGCCAGGUCUGCUCCCAGUACUGCCUCAGUCACGCCAAACACAAAGCUGGUCCAGGAGAGGCUCCGAGCCGCCCAGGCUGCACACACAGCCACUGCUGAGCUCACUCAGAGGCAGAAGAUGGAGCGGGAGUCUGAGCUGGCCCAGAUCCGCAGCCGAUUCCAGAAGGGGAAAACUGUGUGGGAACACAAAGAUAAACGGGCAGACGAGACGCACACUGACAACAAGGAUCAGCUCGUCAAACCUGCUCAGAGGGAAGAUUCCUCAUGUGACCCACAGGAUGAACCCACUGCACCAUUUAGUGAGGAAGUGACGACACCCAGCCAGAGUCCUCCUCCAGUGUGUCCUGGAAUCGCACUGACUCCUCCAGUCUCGACCUCCAGCCCUAUGAGAGGGGUCAGCCAGCCUGGAGAGAAGCCAAGUAAGGAGAAGGAGAUGAAUGUGGACCACUCCAUCAACUCAGCUGUUAUUAAUGAGCUGUUUGACGGAGUCCUGGAGCAGAGUGAGGAUCAAGAAGAUGAGGAGGAAGAUGCUUUAAAUAUUUCCUCCAUGUCCCUGCUGACCCCUCUGGCAGAGACUGUAGCUGCUGUAGUGAAGAGUCCAGACAGAAGACUCGUGACAUCAACUCCAGCCAGCUCCUUCCUGGUGAAAAGCAACACCCCAGAGAGCAGCUGCAGUCCUGGAAAGUUCCAGAGAACCACUGUGGCACGGAGCGACUCCUCAGACGAAGACCACAGGCUGCCUUAUAGCAUUGAUGCAUACAGAUCCAUUCGAGUGAAGGAACCUGAGAGACCUGCAGUGAAGCAAGUUAUUGUGAGAAGGGAAGAUGUUUCUAAGAGAGUAGAGGAGCCCAGAGCAGCAAGUCUCUUCAGCAUGAAGCAGAGGAUGAAGAUGUUGACAAGUGAGGUGAACCUGCAGCAGACUGUGAUCCAUCAGGCCAGCCAGGCCCUCAACUGCUGCACUGAUGAAGAGCAUGGCAAAGGCUCGCAGGUGGAGGCUGAGGCAGAGAGGCUGCUGCUUCUAGCAACGGAGAAAAGAGAAGCCUUGAAGGCAGAGCUGGACUGUCUGAAAGGAGAACCAGCAGGGCAGAAGAAAACUUGUCAUCCAGAACCAGCUGCCAUAUCCGCCUCCAAGGGCUCCAUCAUCCUGCAGGAGCUCCGCCUUCCCCUUAAGGCAGACUUUGUUUGUUCCACUGCUAACAAACCUGACUCAACUAAACAUUCAUUUUUCAUCAUGAUCCGCGCUGGAGCUGAGAACAUGGUGGCCACUCCCUUAGCCAGCACUCACCGCGGCCUCAGUGGAGACACACUCACCUUCCCCACCAAGUUCACCCUGUCUGAUGUCUCCAGUGACUUCAAAAUAGACUUGGAAGUCUACUGUCUGGUACAAAAACGUGAGCUCUGCAGCGAGAAGAAGAAGAAACCCAACAAAUCAAAGCUGAUGUCUGGGCUUGUCCCUGUUUUGAAGGUGCCGUUCCUGUGCCCUCUGGAGGGCCACAUCCACCUCCAGCUGCAGUGUGAAGUGGGCUGCUCCACGGUGGAGGAGAGGGGCUUCUUGACCAUGUUUGAAGAUGUAAGUGGGUUUGGAGCGUGGCACAGAAGAUGGUGUGUUCUGUCAGGAUACUGCAUCUCUUACUGGACCUAUCCUGAUGACGAGAAGCGGAAGAAUCCUAUUGGUCGCAUCAACCUGGCCAACUGCACCAGUGAGAAGGUGGAGCCAGCCAACCGAGAGUUCUGUGCCAGACCAAACACAUUCGAGCUCAUCACAGUCAGACCCCAGAGAGAGGACGACAAGGAGACUCUAGUCAGUCAGUGCAUGGACACCAUGUGUGUCACCAAAAACUGGUUGAGUGCUGACACCAAGGAUGAGAGAAAUCUGUGGAUGAAAAAGCUGAACCAGAUUCUAGAGGAUCUGAGGAUGGGGCAACCGGCCGCCUGCUACAAGCCUCUGUAACCACAGCAACCCCCUCCCCCACCUCCCAGUCAGUUUGGCUCUCUGGGCUGUCUUAAAAAAUACUUGUGUGCAAUAUAUAUAUAUAUAUAUAUCCAUACAUAAAUAAUAAAAGUGAUUAAUGCUUUAGUGUGGAUAUCUGAUGGGAGAUGACCAAUCGCCUCCACUAGCUGAGGUUAUUAAAGCCAUAUGUUGGAGACAUUUCAGAACAGUGUUUUUGUUUAGGAGACAGGCCUUUGGAGUUCUAUUUUAUUCAUUACCACCUUGUUUUUAAUGCAUAUAUUUUAUUUUAUUGUAUUGCUUAAUGCAGACAGUCUGCCGUACAAUGUGUUGAUCAGUACCAGCCCUCAGGGUGACUACUGAACUGAACUGCUUGACUUUUAUCACACUUUAUACUGCAUGGCCGCACAAACCAACAGAAAUGCUUUUCAUACUUUUAUACUUUAUAUAUUUUCUUUUAUGACUUGUGAAAUUUAUUAAGAUGCACAGAUUUUUGAUGGAAUUUCUGCACCACACUUUGUUGUUUGAAAUGUCUGUGUGAAAAGUUUUGGGUAGAUGUGGGUGGAAUCUGUUACCAUGCUACACUGAAGAACAACCAGCGCAAAUGUGAUUGGUCGAUCUGUAUAACCGUCAAAUAGAUGGCCAGCUGACUUGUAGAUUCAGAAGACUACAUUCUAGGCAGGAUAUGUGACUUGUUCCCAGCUUGUUAGACUGGUAUCCAUGGCGACGUGCUCUUCCUGUUCAGUGGUUUAGCAUGUUUACUGAUUUAGUGUGUGUAAGCAGACCUUUCUCCGCACCAUUAGGUGCUGAUCAUGAGUUUUUGAAUGUGAUUGAAUAAAAUGUCUUUCACAAUGUCAACAAUGAAGACAAGUUUGUCAAUAUUCAA